UUGACAUUGGCUUCAAUAAUUGACGUUUGCAAGCCAAGCUAAGGCGGUUAAUAUUUUUGUUCAUCAAAAUAAACAGCCAAAAUGUUAUUUUAUUCCUUCUUCAAGUCUCUCGUGGGUAAAGAUGUGGUCGUAGAACUGAAAAACGACCUUAGUAUAUGCGGCACUUUGCAUUCUGUCGACCAGUAUUUGAACAUAAAACUUUCUGAAAUAAGCGUGAUUGAUCCGGAGAAGUAUCCUCACAUGUUAUCCGUAAAGAAUUGUUUUAUCCGUGGUUCCGUGGUCCGCUACGUGCAGCUGCCGGCUGAUGAAGUCGACACGCAGUUAUUGCAAGAUGCGGCGAGGAAGGAGGCCACAGUUUCAACAAGAUAAUUAUAACCUCUUUUCGGCUGGUUUUUGUGUUUUUGGACCAUGAAGUGCGUGUAAAUACUAAUUUAAGCAUAAGUUUCGCAUUAAAGUCGUAUUCAGAUGG